AUGCCUGCCGAUCAGCCUCUCUCGUCAAUGUCUUCACCAGUUAAUGUCUUUGGGGCUUCACCAUACGAAAUACCACCGAUACUACGUCUUCCCCCAGAGACGCUGAGUUCCAUAUUUGCGUAUGCUUCCUCUUCAGAUUUGGUCAACAUUUCCCUCGUCUCGAAAUCCUUCCGUGACAUAGCUGCAGCCCAGCUCUAUCGCUCAUUAAGCCAUAUUUUUGAUGAACGUGACACAAGAACCGGACAGCUGGCAGUGGAUCGUCUUACUGGUGUUCUAGAUACACUGAUAACGAGUGACUACAAUUAUGCCGCUUACAUUAAGGAAAUAUCCUUAGAUACGGUCCAGGGAAGCCAUAUAGGCAUGAAUGUGGCUUUGGAAUUCAAAUAUGGCUCGAGCUGUGGAAAGUUUUUGAAUACUCUUCUGCUCGCAACUAUAAAAAAGAUACCAGCCUUAGAAAGCUUCCGGUGGAAUGUUCGCGUAGAAAUUAGCCCCGCCAUCUUCGAAACAUUGGGCAAGCACGGGAGUCUCCAAAAUGUCCAUGUUCGAUUGCAGGAUGGGCAGUCUACUCAUCCAUCCCCGCCAAUGGCUCCUUCGUCCGGCACAUUUUCGUUUAACGUUCCUGCCUCGUCCAUACCGCCUACUACGAAUAUGGAUACCCUCGAGUAUGUCCAAGAGAUUGCGGAAUGUAUUUCGUCGUCCUCAACAACGCUUAAGACCCUAAAGCUUUCUUUUUCGGAAUCGUUGGCUCUCAUAGCUCGAAAGAAGACUGUUGUGAAUGUGUCGGACACGGAUACAGCACAAGACAACGACGACGGCGGCGCAUUUUUAAAUGAUCCACUGAUGCAAUCUCCAGCGCCUCCACCACCUGUAACGUCACAAUUAUUCGGAAAUAUCUCUACACCAAGUGAUGUUGAUAUGCGUCAUGAACGUGCUGCCCAGGAAAAGGCCCUUGCUCGAAUUUUUGGACUAGAAAAGGAGACUGUUGCGCAACAAAAACUGGAGAAGAUUGCGGACCGUGCAAUUUAUGAUGCAGAUAAAGAAAUUCGCUUGGCGCUCAAGCCAUCGAAAUACGAUGAAGACCGUAUGUUUGUGGAAAAGCUAUCCACCAUCGUACGCGGCCUGGCUCAGAGCAAAGGGGCUCAUGCCGCCUCUAGUAAGAGCCUAAAGGCUCUUCAAAAAGUCGAGAAAGUAGUCGCCGCUUACUUGGAGAAGAAGGAAAUCGCGGAUGGAUAUCGCAAGAUGAAGAAGAAAGCGUUGGCUAAUCAACAACCUUCUCAUAAAGUCCCCCCUGUACCGAAGUCGAUUUCACCAUUCACAACUAAUAUUCCUCAAUCCAAAAAUAUAUUUGGCUUGGAUGAAGGAAGCCCUCCCGUGCAACAUCCUGGUAUGAUAUAUCCACCACCACCACCACCACCACCACCAUCACAGCUUCCACCAUCGAGCAAAAGCAUAUUUUCCCAAUCUUCGAAGGGAACCUACCCUCUAGGCUCUUCAUAUGUUACCCAAGGCCCUAUCCAUAAAAACAAUACCUUGCAUUCAGGAAAACCUGUACCUGGUUGGAAACCUGCCGCUAAGGCUUUCAUUGACUACUCAUCAUCCACAUCUGACGCUGGCGAGAGUGUUUUCAACAAAUUUUUAGAGGUCCAAAAUCAAAGUCAUCAACCGUCAUUUAUCCUUAAGCCAGAAGAGAAAAAAUUUGAGGACGAGUUGCAGGAUAUCGUUGAUCUGGAACAUCCAGACGAAGUCAACUGUGAAGGUGGUGAGGACCAGGAGUUUCUCGAUUUGACGGAUAGCUCUAUGGAGGAUGAAAGCCCACUUCCAUGUUCGGGGGGCAUAUUGAACGAGCCUCAGGCUAGUUUGUUCCCCUCUGGUGCAGACGGUCAUGCGUCAAGUUCGUCAAGUAAAGGGAAGCAGCCCGUUAAGGUUUCUGACGAUUCCUGGAUGACUGGCGUACCAACCUCUGUAGCACAUCCGGAUACUGGAGCUAUGGAGGACACUGAAGACGCCAUCCAAGCGUAUAUUCGCCUCCAUCAUGGAAUCCCGGUGGAAAGUUUAUCCAUCUACCUGAUCCCUGUGAAACCAUCCGUACUUUGCCGAGCGGUCAACCUUUCCUCACUGAGGCAUCUCUCCCUUCUGAAUGUGGGGCCCCAACGUCCAUUUUGGUCCAUGCUCUCCAAGCUACAAAGAAGUACCCCUCUCCAACUAGUUUCCAUCCAUACAGAUAAUGUCACCCCGAGUUUUCUUGCGUUUCUAAAUGGCCUAAGCUACCUAGAAGAACUCUUCAUGGUCGAAAGGAUCGCCCGCUCGAAAGUCGAGUCCUUGGCACCCAGGACACAAGUUGUAAUAGAAGAUAUCCAGAAGCAGGUACUUGCAAAGCAUGCAAAGCAUCUGAAGCGGUUAAUGAUUCGAAACGAUGAAGAUUCCACCUGGGCCCUGAAUAGGGAAUCUGUCGCGCUUAUCUGUAAACGUGGCUUCGCGCUGAAAGAGCUCGUUGUCGCCAUGGCCUCGCCUAAUUUUCACUUGCUCAUGCAGCACUUGAAUGGCUUACGCUCUCUUCGGGUCCUCCAUAUCCUCUUCGUCCAGAGCGAUUACUGCGCCGGCAUACUUCGCGAGAUAAGAUACUGUGCCAUUGACACCAUAAUCCGAUGCCCAAGCCUACAAAUAGAAUAUAUUGCAGUAAGCUACGCUCUGAAUGUGCCUGCCGGAACUUUUAUUUCCCGCCUGGAGCAAGGGGAAGGAAGCUCAUUUUUCAUGGAUGGCGAAUGGGAGUGA